AUGCCUAUUGACGAGACUUCCCUGGGCAUCGCCCCCUUUGAGCGUCGCAACUCCCUUGAGAAGCACCUUCAGACCCGCCCGGAGAUUCAGGACCUCAAAGACCGCCACAUCUUGCUGGACACCAAUGUUGCUCCAUCUCUGCAAGCCGCCCAUCAGGAGCUUGCCCGGCAGCGUGCCACAGAUGAACUAAAGAAGAAUCUGGGAAAGCGACCUGGAAGGGACGAGCUGGUGGAACGCAACAUUCUCCCCGCCCCCAAUACCGCUCCAGCCCUUCAGGCUCAUGCUCGCGACCUCGAGCGCCAUAUGCUCGCCGAUAAUCUGGAACACAAGAUUCAGAACCGGCCUGGACCUGAGGAACUGAUUUCUCAGGGUAUUCUUGAGGAAGAUGAAGAUCCACGCUCUACUUGA